UUUCCCCUCUCGCUGAAUGCGUCUCUUGCGGGAUACACCUCCCUAUUCCCCAGACGAGAGGGGAGUUUUUACUUCACUAAACUUUACACAGACCUAUAGAAUUCAGUUCCAAAGACCACCUUCUCCUGGACGCUUGCCUUCAGACGGCUUCCACCGGUGGACAUCCCCUUGCCGCUUUCUUGUGUGGAACAGUCCUCUGUACGGAAUGAGAAUUAUGAUGGCGGCUCUCAGGAAAAAAUAAGUGGCGCAGCCAUGCUGUUCUCCUGACGCUGCCGCUCCCGGCCAAAGUCUCUGCGGAUCCGUAACAGUACCUUCUUCAGUGAUUUCUUGGAGUCUGUGGAGCCAUUGAGCCUUAGGCCUUACUGGAGGCUGCAGGAUCUUCUGCAUACAGACCCCUCUCCAGCUUUGAAAGGGGGGCUGAGGCCUAGGGUGAACAUGCCAGCUAAUGGGAAAUCACCCCAGAACUUCCCUGCCCUGAUUCCAGGAGAACCUGGCAGAUCAUUUGAGGGAUCCGUGUCAUUUGAGGAUGUGGCUGUGGAUUUCACCCGGCAGGAAUGGCACAGACUAGACCCCGCACAGAGAACCAUGCACAAGGACGUGAUGCUGGAGACCUACAGCAACCUGGCAUCUGUGGGCCUCUGCGUGGCCAAACCAGAGAUGAUCUUCAAGUUGGAGCGAGGAGAAGAGCUGUGGAUAUUAGAGGAGGAAUCCUCAGGCCAUGCUUAUGCCGAAUCCCUCUCUCUGCUGUGUGGCAACACUUCAGUUGGGGGCAUUGCCCUCAACCUUCUUGCGAAUCAGAAGGUUCCAACUUUGAAUGAAAAUGUCGACUAUAAUGGAUGUGGCAAAGGUUUCCAUGAGGAAACAGCCUUUGUCAGACAUAAAAGAACACACGCGGGAGAUAAAAACUUUGAAUGUCAUGAAUGUGGGAAAGCAUACUGCAGGAAAUCAAACCUCAUUGAACAUCUGAGAAUACACACGGGGGAGAGGCCCUAUGGAUGUGGUGAGUGUGCAAAAACCUUCAGUGCAAGAUCCUACCUCAUUGCUCAUCAGAAAACCCACACAGGAGAGAAGCCCUUUGAAUGUCACGAAUGUGGGAAAUCUUUUGGCAGAAAGUCACAACUCAUUCUGCAUCGGAGAACACACACAGGAGAGAGACCCUACAAAUGUAUGGCCUGUGGGAAAACCUUUUCAGAGAAGGCCACUCUCACAAUUCACCAGAGAACCCACACAGGAGAGAAGCCCUACGAGUGUGGCGAAUGUGGGAAAACAUUUCGUGUCAAGAUAUCCCUUACCCAACACCAGAGAACUCACACGGGGGAGAAACCCUAUGAAUGUGGGGACUGUGGGAAGAACUUCCGGGCCAAGAAAUCUCUAAAUCAACAUCAGAGAAUUCACACAGGGGAAAAACCCUACGAAUGUGGAGAAUGUGGGAAAUUCUUCCGAAUGAAGAUGACUCUCAAUAAUCAUCAGAGAACCCACACAGGCGAAAAACCCUAUCAGUGUAAUGAAUGUGGGAAAUCUUUCAGGGUGCACUCAUCUCUUGGCAUCCAUCAGAGAAUUCACACAGGAGAGAAACCUUAUGAAUGUAACGAAUGUGGUAAUGCCUUCUAUGUAAAAGCUCGCCUCAUUGAACACCAAAGGAUGCAUUCAGGAGAGAAACCCUACCAGUGCAGUGAAUGUGGGAAAAUCUUUAGUAUGAAGAAAUCCCUUUGUCAGCACCGGAGAACUCACACAGGAGAGAAACCUUACGAAUGUAGUGAGUGCGGAAAUGCCUUCUAUGUGAAAGUACGCCUCAUUGAGCAUCAGCGAAUUCACACAGGAGAGAGACCUUUUGAGUGUCAGGAAUGUGGCAAGGCUUUCUGCCGCAAAGCACACCUCACAGAACAUCAGAGGACUCAUGUAGGCCGGACUUGGCCUUGUGCCAUGAAGAAAGCUCCUCCCUGAAUCCCUCUUCUGCAUCGGAUCAAGGCCCUUGGAGCAUCUGAUCACCAAAGCAUGAAGAGUACCUGUCACAAUGUUGUACCUAGAUUGGUGUAAACCAGGUCCUGGUCCCCUCAGAAUAUAAAACAUUAUUGUUUUCUAUUGUAUUUCCCCAUUUCGAGUUGAGGUUGAACAUCUUAUGUGUCCAUUGACCAUUUGGAUGUUUUCUUUAAUGCAUUGACUGUUCCUAUCAUUUGCCCAUUAUUUUAAAAUGGGCUGUUUAUCUUCUUCCUGGUUUAAAUGCCAUUGUUUUAAUUUAUGAGAUUAUAAAACUUUUCAGUCGUA